UGUGGGGAAGGAUUUAUUCGGUCAUCUGACCUAAUAGCUCACCAGCGAUUUCACACUGGGGAGCGGCCGUUCACCUGCUCGGACUGUGGGAAGGGAUUCACUAAAUCAUCUAAAUUGAAGGUACGUCAGCGAGUUCACACUGGAGAGAGGCCGUUCACCUGCUCACACUGUGGGAAGGGAUUCACUAAGUCACCCAAACUACAGAUACACCAGCGAGUUCACAGUGGGGAGAGACCAUUCACCUGCUCAGUCUGUGGGAAGGGAUUCACUGAAUCAUCCACCCUACAGAGACACCAGCGAGUUCAUACUGGGGAGAAGCCAUUCACCUGCUCUGACUGUGGGAAGGGAUUCACUGAAUCAUCCACCCUAUUGGCACACCAGUCAGUUCACACCGGGGAGAGGCCAUUCACCUGCUCAGAAUGUGGGAAAGGAUUCAAUCAGUCUUCCAAACUACUGGCACACCAGUCAGUUCACACCGGGGAGUGGUGUGGGGAAGGAUUCACUCGGUCAUCUGACCUAAUGGCACACCAACGAGUUCACAGUGGGGAGCGGCCGUUCACCUGCUCGGACUGUGGGAAGGGAUUCAUUUGCUCAUCUAAACUGAAGGUACAUCAGCGAAUUCACACUGGAGAGAGACCAUUCACCUGCUCAGACUGUGGGAAGGGAUUCACUCAGUCAUCUGAACUGAAGGUACAUCAGAGAGUUCACACUGGAGAGAGGCCGUUCACCUGCUCAGACUGUGGGAAGGGAUUCACUCGGUCAUCUGACCUACUGGCACACCAGUCAGUUCACACUGGAGAGAGGCCGUUCACCUGCUCGGACUGUGGGAAGGGAUUCACUUGCUCAUCUAAACUGAAGGUACAUCAGCGAGUUCACACUGGAGAGAGGCCAUUCACCUGCUCAGACUGUGGGAAGGGGUUUACUUGCUCAUGGAGGUUGAAGGAACAUCAGAGAAUUCACACUGGGGAGAAGCCAUUCACCUGCUCAGACUGUGGGAAAGGAUUCACUGAAUCAUCCUCCCUGCAGAGACACCGGUCAGUUCACACUGGGGAGUGGCCAUUCACCUGCUCAGUCUGUGGGAAGGGAUUCACUUGCUUAUCUAACCUGAAGGUACAUCAGCGAGUUCACACUGGAGAGAGGCCGUUCACCUGCUCAGACUGUGGGAAGAGAUUUACUUGCUCAUCGAGAUUGAAGGAACAUCAGAGAGUUCACACUGGGGAGAGGCCAUUCACUUGCUCAGUCUGUGGGAAAGGAUUCACUGAAUCAUCCUCCCUGCAGAGACACCAGUCAGUUCACAUGGGGGAGUGGCCAUUCACCUGCUCAGUCUGUAGGAAGGGAUUUACUUGCUCAUCUAAACUGAAGGUACAUCAGCGAGUUCACACGGGGGAGAGGCCAUUCACCUGCUCAGACUGUGGUAAGGGAUUCACUUUGUCAUCUGACCUACUGAGACACCAGUCAGUUCACACAGGGAAAUGGCCGUUCACCUGCUCAGGCUGUGGGAAGGGAUGCAUUUCGUCAUCUCAAUUGAAGGUACAUCAGCGAGUUCACACCGGGGAGAGGCCGUUCUCCUGCUCAGACUGUGGGAAGGGAUUCACUUGCGCAUCGCAACUGAAGGUUCAUCAGCGAGUUCACACCGGAGAGAGGCCAUUCACCUGCUCAGACUGUGGGAAGGGAUUCACUCAGUCAUCUCAACUGAAGGUACAUCAGCGAGUUCACACCGGGGAGAGGCCAUUCACCUGCUCAAUCUGUGGGAAGGGAUUCAUCUUGUCAUCUCACCUACUGAUACACAAGUCAGCUCACACUGGGGAAAGUCCAUUCACCUGCUCAGAGUGUGGGAAAGGAUUCACUCAGGCAUUCCACCUGCAAGCACACCAGUCAGUUCACACUGGGGAGAGGCCAUUCACCUGCUCAGUCUGUGGGAAAGGAUUCACUCGGUCAUCCCAUCUACAGAGACACCAGCAAGUUCACACUGGGUAGAGGCCGAUCUCCUGCUCAGACAUUGGGAAGAGAUUCUCACAGCCAAAUCAACCAAAUCUGCAUCAUUGAUUUCACACUAGGGAGAGGCCGUUCACCUGCUGUGAAUGUGGGAAGCGACUCACUCAGUCAUCUGACCUUUUGUAACUCUCACUUCGGCUAGCAGCUUAAUAUAGGGGGUGAUAGCCCCCCAGCCCGGCCAAACUUAAGAAAUCUCGUUUGGGUGGAUGCUGUGUGAUAUGUCCCUUGUUACAAAUCAGUACUCCAAAAUAACAAACCGUGCACAAUAUUUGAUUAAAAGAUUGAGCUUCAUAAUUCUUACUUUGACUAUAGGGUGAAUAAAGAAAAAAAAAGAAAACAAAAAAAAAAUUGCCCACUCUCUCCAUUCACAUCUUCUCAUCUCUCCCCAGCAAAAGACCAUGAAAAUCUCUCUUCCAGACUCGCAAGAAAGAAUAUUUCUGUCAUUGGAUAGCCCGCACUCCAAAACCCUGUUAUUUCUAUUCGUAACCUAAACAUUGCUGCUGCAGAGAAACCAUUACCUCAGCAGUGAAUCAUUACAGAGAGGCCAUUACAUGAGCAGUGAAACCUUACAGUGUGUUACACUUGUGACACACUACCGGGUUCACAGUGGGGAGAAAGUUUCAAUAAGCUGCAUGCUGAAUAUUUGUCCAUCACCGUUGCUGAAUGCAAUUUCGAGAGUGACUGUCGGUGCUGAACUCUGCAAUUAUUGCUGCUGCUCACCACACCCAGUUCUGCACCCUGGUCACUGGGCAUGGGAGGAGUUUCUUCUGCUGCAUAUUCACCUUUAAUGGGACUGGAGUUUAAUAUUCUGGAUCUGAGACAAAUAAGUCAGUUCUAUUUUAAACUCUGUCUCCAGUAUUUAGUGAAUUUAUAACACACCCAGUGUACAAUGGAGAGUCAACUCAGGCCGGCUGGACCAUGCCAGUGAUUCAGUUCCAUGACAGUCCUUUUAAACCCUCCCCUGCUGUUCCCCUCUCGCUCUCCCUGUGGUGAUGGGUUCCAAACAGUCACCACUCUGUGGGUGAAGAGGUUUCCCUUGAAUUUUCUGCAGACUGAAGAAGUCGAGCUGACUGCAGUUCUGUCUUGAGAUGUUCUUCGCCCCUCUAACCUCUGUGCUGAGGAAGAAUGACAUUGGUAGUUAACCUCCUGAUUCGUGACUCAUUUCCACAUUAUGGAUCAUUUUCCCUGCUGCUAAAGGGUUGUUAGAAAACACCACUGUCCUGUAAAGACUGAAAGCAGAAUGGGAAACCAUUAGUUGGAUGUUCAAUGGAGCAGAGUCAGAAACCAGAGGCGGGUCUGCACAGGGCAGAGUUUGGGGAUCUGGACGAUGGUCGGGGUAAGAACGUAUGAUGAGGAGAAGGGAAUCAGCAGCGGGGCGUGGCAACGAAUGACAGAGUAGCAACAUUUGGAGGCUGAUUGACAGAGAAAAUCUUUCGUUUGUCUGAUGACACAAACAAUACCUGUGGUGAGAUGCUCCACUGGUCGAGGACAUGUGUGUUGGGAAUGGUUUUAUCUAUUGAGGGAGUUGUACCUGCUUGUUUAUCCUGUAUUAUUAUAUCCGGAUGGUUAUUAUGGAUUGUCCUAUCUGAAAUAAUGUAUUGAUUAUCAUAAUAUUUGUAAUAUUUUGACUUUUGGAUCAGGCUUGAAUUUAUGGUAUCUUUAUGAAGUGAUUGAGGGCAUUCAUGAGUUUGUAUUUUAAAGCAAGAUUUUGGUGAAUGAUAUUUGCCACUUAAUUGUACCUUUCUAAGUAAUCAGAUUGAGGUAAUCUGCUGCAGGAUCCUGGAAUGUGUUGGAUUGAGUCUGGUUCUGUUGGCAUUUUCUGCACUUACUACCUUGUUUGUUUGUAUUUUAUGUAUUUUUGAUUUUUUUUUUUCGUUCAUCACCUGGUCCUGUAUUUCUGCAAGGCCUCCUCUGUUUCUGGGAAGAGGUCUCCAACUCUCAGUCAGGUGUUCGAUGCUUCCUUGUCAACAUCUCGUCUGCUCAGAUCAUUGGGAUGUCUCCCAUGGAGGGUCAUACUCAUUCCACUGGUUAAUGUUUUCUUCCAUAGUGAUGAUUCAUUUCUCUGAGUUGGCCUCUCAUUUAAGUUUUCUGGUCUGUAUUUCUUAUCACGAUUGCAUAUACACACAUGGAGUGCUGAAUCCUGUUCAUUUUUGAUGAAAAUAUACACUCAGAAGUUUUAUCUGACUGUUGUGUGAUUUUUUUUCAUGUGUGUUACUCCUCUUCCUCCUUCUGUCCAGGGUGGUGUUUGAGUAUCAAUAGUCUUUUCAAAAGCUGUCAUUUCAGUUCUUAUUUAUCUUUGUAAAUUUUACUGAUUGAAAUGGGACCAAGAUAUUUUCAUUAAAAAGGUCAA